AUGCAAUACACAGUUUGGGAACCUCUGUUACACAGUUCAACUUAUUUUUUAUUAAAAUAUACAUUAUUGACAAUUAUUGUAAUUAGUGUUAUUAAAUUUUAUUGGGAUCGACGUCGAUUAUAUAUAUGUGCAUUGAAAUUUUCUGGACCCACAGCUAUACCGCUCCUUGGGAAUGCUCUGCUUUUUGCUGUACAACCCGAAGAUAUAUUAAAUAGAAUAUAUGAAAUUGUUUGUAAAUACUCAUCACCAUGUCGACUAUGGUUUGGCCAUAAAUUAAUGACCAUAAUCUAUGCACCAGAAGAUUUAGAGGUAGUUCUUAGUGAUACUGUGAAUAUUAAAAAAGAUCACACAUAUAGUUUUAUAGAACCAUUUCUUGGACAAGGACUCAUUAGUAAUUCUGGCUCACUUUGGAAAACACAUCGAAGAUUAAUUAUACCAACAUUUACUUCGAAAACAUUACGUUACUAUGUCGAGUCAUUUAAUACACAUGCGAAAACACUUGUCGAAAAAUUGCAACCGAUAGCAGAACGUAAAGAAACAGUGAAUAUAAUCGAUCCAUUAAAUUUAUGUACAGUUGAUAUAGUUUUAUCAACAAUAUUAGGUAUUGAAGCCGGUGCACAAGAUCAUAAAAUCGAUGAAUUCGUUGAGCAUGUUGAACUGGGUUAUAAAAUGGUCGCAGAACGAAUGUUCAAAGGAUGGUUACAUUUAGAUGCGAUUUUUCGUUUAUCAAAAUGUUAUCGUAAUACAAUGAAAGCACAAAAGGUUAUACAUGAUUUUGCAAGGAAACAAUUAACAACCCUUAAAGCUGAAUUUAAUCAAAAAUAUCAAGAUGGUCUUAUUGAUGAGCACAAUGUUCGUACAACGUUAGAACAUUUGUUGCUAAUUAAUAAGAAGGGUGAUGAUUUUUUUACGGAUGUAGAAUUACGAGAUGAAACGUAUACUUUAUUUACAGCGAGUCAAGAUACUGUUGCUACAGAAUGUGCGUUUAUUCUUUUGAUGUUGGCCAUGCAUCCAGAAAUACAGGAAAAAGUGUAUAAAGAAAUAUUAGAAGUAAGCGGCGAAACAAAAGAUUAUUAUACUGAAUGGGAAACAUAUCCAGAAUUUAAAUAUUUAGAAAUGGUAAUAAAAGAAUCAUUACGAUUGUUUCCCAUUGGUCCAACAAUCAUGAGAGAAGUUAUUCAAGAUAUUAAAUUAAAAAAUGAUAUUGUUAUACCAAAAGGUGCAGGUGUGAUGGUUGUUAUGUAUAGAACACAUCGUUUACCUGAAUAUUGGACAGAGCCAGAAAAGUUUAUACCAGAAAGAUUUCUACCUGAAUUAUGUGAAAAACGGCAUCCUUUUGCUUAUGUACCGUUUAGUUUCGGACCUAGGAGUUGCAUUGCUCCGAAAUAUGCCAUGGCUGCUAUGAAAACAAUCGUAACCCACGUCAUCAGAAGUUAUAAAGUAACCAGUGAAGAUAAAUUUGAAGACUUACAGCUUUGUAGUGACAUAUCGACGCGUUCCCGAAAUGGAUAUAAAAUGAAAAUAGAAUUACGAAAAUAAAUUUUAUAUUUUUAGAUAAUUUUUUGAUUUAUUGUACAAGAACAGGAACAAUAAAUGUACAUUUUUGUAUUUUAUUUAAUA